CGUUAUGAAGGAAAGAGUUUUGCUGGCACUACUAGUGUAUGUUCUUCAGUCCGUGACAGGUCAAGUUAAUACCGUAGGUAGCGUUAUUUGCCACGCCAAUCACACGGUGAGUAUCAAUAUCAGCAACGUUGAACUUCUUAACACUUGGAACGAGUCUCAAUGGGCAAUAAAGCAGAAAGUUGAAUGUCAGCCAACAUUUGGCGACAGUGAAGUAAUCUACACAAACCUUGUGCUACCAGACUGUGCUUUGACCGCAGAACAGCUUUCCAAUAGCACAAAAUACAUUAUUGAACUCAAGGCUGAAGCGAAGGCCGAUGGUGACACAGGGCAGCUACGUGUGUAUGACCACCUGUACUUUGUGGCAUGUGACUAUGACAAUCAAGAUAGAAUAUCAACAUCUUUUGUACCACUCAAGAACCGGGCAGCAAAUGCAUCAGGCCAAGGAAUCUUCACGUUCAGUUUCAAAGUUUACCUUGACGAUGCUCACUCUAUCGAUGUCUCCAAUCCGGUCGCAUUAGACAAAACUUUGUAUUUCAAAGUUAUGGUCGAAACUCAAAGUGCGGUUCCCAAUCUUGACCUGUUUCUUGAAAAAUGUUGGUCAUCAAAGAGCAACGAGGCAGGGUCAUCAGAGGGAAAAUUCAAACUCAUAGAGAACGGCUGCGGCAACUCAGUUACGAGUGAGGAUGCUACUUUAUCGUACAAUUGUACAGAAGACGACAAAGCGGAAAACUUCGCGAUUCAAUCUUACCGAUACUAUGGGGCUACCGAAGGCGAUGAGGUUUUUAUCCACUGCGAUCUCAAGGUCUGCUUGGCGGACCAAGGAAACUCUGCUUGUGAGUGCCCUACUGCUAGUGAGUGUCCAAAAUCGAGAAAAAAGCGUUCAAUAGUAGACGAGUCUGAGGUGUAUCAUGUGUCAUUUGGGCCGUUUAAGUUUGAGAGCGACGAACAAGAAGAAAAAGCAGGAUCUGAUCACCUGGAAGGGGACCAGUCUUUUACGACAACUGUAGCAACCAUUGCAGUCGUCAGUGGUAUUGUCGCCAUUGCAAUUGUGUGCGUGACCACCUUCUUGAUCAUGCGCAAUCGCAAAAAAUGGCGACAACAUGAAGACUCAAGUAUCGUUACUUAAUCCAUGGCCACUUAGAUUGCGCUCUUUUAGAUAAUGUUUAAUUGUGGACCUAUCUUUUUGUUAAGUUUAGAACGAAGAGUAGAUUUACGUUCAAACAGUUAGAUGUUUCGUUCCCAAUCCUGAGCGUGAUAAUUGAUUCGAGCUUAGCCUCAGCAUCAAUCACUUGAUUAGAAAUGUCGUGCUCAAGAUCUUAUCGUUAAGUAGUGUUUUUACAAAUUUCCUCCCGAUAAGCCUUUAUGGCCCCGUAUGCCAUGCGGAUUAUUUUAAAACAUUCUCAGUUUGCGCAAAAUGGGGUUUUUAUCAUCUAGAAUUAGUUGGGUCAAGCAGUUGCAAACGAUUGUUCGCCUGAGUGUGUGGAUUGAGAUAAUGAAACAAAGUAACAAUGCCCUAGCAACAAGACAUUAUAAACUGUUUAUAUUCUCUUUUGUAACAAUGAAUAAAGACGGGCUCCAAUGAUUAAAAAAAAAAUUCUUAAAGGCUCAUUUUAUUACUUUAUAAUAAGAUUUCGUAAAUUUAAUCACUGAGAAUCUCGAUUUUGAAUGUCUCAAACAAACAAACAAACAAACAAAUACUUUAUUUACCAAGGGUAAAAUACAUUAUUACCGGUUACCCGGUAGUUUACAUAAUGGCCCCCAACAAAUCCUACUAAAUAUAAAAAUACCUAAUAAAAAAUUCAUAAUACUAAAAAUUGUACUUAAAACCUCCUACUGAUCUUAAAAUGCUCUAUCGAGGUAUUUUCUUUAAUAAAAUUUUUCAGUAACGUUA